AUGUGGUCUGCCAGACAAUUAGGCCUUAGAUUCUGGAAAAAGAAUGGAUUUGUCCCAGUCUAUCUUCGUCAAACAGCGAAUGAACUCACAGGUGAACAUUCCUGCAUCAUGUUGAAAAACCUUAAAGAUGAUUGUGAUGAAGACAAUGAAGAAAAGAAAGAAUCCUGGCUUGUUUCUUACUGGAAAGAUUUCCGGCACCGGUUCAUCUCUCUCUUGUCGUUUGAGUUCCGCAAGUUUGGCACCAGUACAGUGCUCAGCAUUCUGCAGCAAAAACAUUGCAAAGAAGAAUGUCAAGACCUGAGCAAAACAGAACUUGAUUAUGAAUUCACCACCUACGACCUGAAACGGCUGGAACUCUACUCACAGAACAUGGUGGACUACCACCUGAUCAUGGACCUGAUACCUUCUAUAAGCAAACUGUUCUUUCUUAAGAAAAUGUCUGGAUUUAAUCUUAGUGCUGUGCAACUGGCUCUUCUUCUUGGUAUUGGACUCCAACACAAAACAAUUGAAGACUUAGAAAAGGACAUUGACCUCCCUGUUAGCCAAUUGCUUGGACUCUACAACAGAAUUCUCCGUAAAGUUGUCCAGUAUUUCAACCGAAUCAUAGAAGAAUCUGUAGAGAAGACGAUAAUAAAACCUACCAAAGUUGUCAUGGAACCUGUUAAAAAUACUCUUGAUGAAGAACUGGAUGAGGUAGCAGGUUAUGUAAAGAACAAAUUAGAGAAAUCAGCAACCCUGGAAGGUGUCGAUCUUAGCCACUAUGCAAUCAAGGGAACUGAAGAGGAAUGGGACUCUGCCAUUUCUGGUGGCAAAACAUCUGUCAGCAUUAAAAGCUCUAAAACCAAGCGUCCGUUCUCUGGUGUGCACAACUUGAAUGUAAAUGGAGAUAGUAACAAACAAACAUCAAAGAAGAGGAAAAAGUUUAAGACGGAGAAAAAAUUCUGA